AUGAGACAUCGACGCAAGAGUGCAGAGGCGUUGGAGCAGCUGACACCUGUCAUCGCGCAAUUUAUUAGCCGCUCCGAAAUAACAGAGCCACCCUCAUCGCUCGCCGCCGAAUCGGACGCGUCGGCCGGCUACGAAUGUGGCGGCCACAUGCAGGGGAGGAAGCCACCGCGCGGCACCGGGCCCCCGCUCCAUUCUAAUGCAGUAGCUCGACCGCUUAAUAACUGUCGACGAAUGUUUGCGUCACCGCGCCCGCAGUGCCCCCGA